CGUCUGGAGGGAGGGCGAUACCAUUCCCGACGUCCAACGCAAACGAAGCGCUCUCGACACAGUGAAGUCUCUGAAGGAAUUUAAAACGAGGCCGAAGACAGAAAUUGCAACCGCGUACGGCGUGGCGCAGGUGUGUGCGGACGUGCCCGAUGUGCAGGAAGGCGAGGCACGAUAGAAAAGUGCAAUUGGAAACCUGUUCAAUAAUGAGAAAAAUGAACGCAUGUGUGUAUGUUUACUCGCUGGACGAGCGGUGGGAGGUAGAGUAGAGUGGUGAGCAACGAUCGAGACACCCGGUUUUUUUUUUGUUUGUCGUUGUUGGACGUCCGAGUUUGUGCGUGGCCGUGCGCUUGUGUGUUUGGUUGGUGAGCAGUGAUGGAAUCGGAAACGGACGACAACUGCUACGAGCGGAAGGACAUCCCGGUGGACAGCUUUGGCGGGGAUUUCUACCACAGCCGAGACGUCACCACCCGUCAGCUGAACCGGAAUCUCCUGACGCACGGUGGCUCCGAUCUGUCACCGGCGGCGGCGGCGGCAGCGGCCCUUGGACGGCCGAUUUCACUGCCCGCGAAGCUGCCCAAUCCCGACGGCGGUGCAGCGGGCAAUGGGCGCGAUCAGCUCGACAGUGGGGACUGCUCGACGCUGAUUCGACGGUACGCCGAGGUGACCAAGUUCAAGCAGGAAACCACAUCCGGGAACAGCGCGAACAGCGGAAAUCGGCUUUCGAAAGGACCUCCAGAAUCCUCCCUAGCAUUGGCAAAGAAACGGCUCAGCGCUUUGCACACGAGCGUACAGCAGCAUGAGGUGGAAACGAUGGACGAUGAUAUGAUGCCGCUGCUGUCGAGCAAUCGCGAACUCUCGCAGGAGGAGCUGUACGAGUCCCACACAUCACUGGUAUCGAGCUCGGAGGGUGGCAUUAUGGCGGAGGGCGAGGAAACUUCCAGCGACGAGUCGCAGGAAUCGAACAGUUCGGCCAAUCACACGGCGAUCGUCAUGAGCCUGCUGGAGCGGUUGCUUCGCUCGCACCCCGUCUGGUUCCUGCCGGGCAUUCAACGGUCCGGCGCAAUCCAUCUGCUCCAGGGGAAGGAGGAAGGGACCUUCAUCGUGCGCGGUUCUAGUCAGUCGAAAACGAUGGCCGUUUCGGUGCGUUUGCCGGCGAACGCAGGACCGUACAUCGAACACUAUCUGAUCCAGUCGAACAAUGGGCAGCUGAGCCUGGAAAGCUCCCGCUUCAAGUUCGACUCCAUACCCGCCCUGAUUGCGCACUACACGCAGUGCUGCGACGAGCUGCCCGUACAGCUCUGCCUUCCGGUUGCGUUGCGGGAGGCGAAGAACCGCCAGCAGCUGUCGUCGCUGGCCCUGCUGGGUCAGGAGUUUUGGCGCUACCCGAUGGCCAGCUCCCCGAAACCGAAACCAAUCACCGGGCCGGCACCACCCGGCACAACACCGUCCGCCACCUCUAGUCACAUGAACACCCCGUCCGAGGCGACACACUCGAGCGGGCUCGGCAUAUCCGUACUUAAUCACACCCCGGUCGGACAUGCGGCGUCGGUCGGGACCGGUGGCACCUCGCUCGGCACCGGCGGCAUGGUGAAUGCGUUCGGCGAAACGCCCACCGACACGUUCUCGACGCUGAGCAGCUUCACGGUAAGCAACGGGCAGACGCUGCUCAGCCCGGAAUCGAUCGACAGUGCCAUCAUGAUGUCGCCGAUGGACCCGCACCAGCACCAGACGGGCAUCAUCGGGAAGACGAGCACGUUCAAGGCACGCAAGCAGCAAAUCGUUUCGCCCACGGCGGCACAGCACGAGGUAGAAAAGCAGAUCGAGCUGUUCAACGCAAACAUACUGGGGCACAGUAGCGGUACCGGUCAUUCGAACGGUGAAGCCACGGGCGGUGAGAUGACCAGCUCAACCUCGUCGUCCAUGGAGAGCCGGCCGGAUGAUGCGCCCAACGCUACCGGCACGCUGGAAAGGAAACCGCGGGCACCAAGGCCCACGCCACCGAACACGCUCAACAUUAAGCCGAUCAGGAGUCCACCGGCACCACCAGCGAGACGUAUUAAGCUGCAAAUAGCAGAGCACAGUCCGACGGUCGAGAGAACUACCUUUACGUUCCAAAAAGAUACCGACUUUACACCGACGACGGGAUUCCCUACCAGAGACACAGCAUUCCAGCGCAGAGAGCCAGCAGUGUUGCCGGCCAGCAUUUCCACCAUUGCGGGUUCGCAGGUUAGCAACACUGUGUGGUAUUGUGACAGCGACAAUGUAGCCGACAAUGGUGUGGAAAAGCAGGCCACGACACAGUCCAACGAUCACUGCCAUCCUAGCUUCAGCGUACCGACGAGCACUCGCGUCAGCCGCCGCAACAAACGAAAAGAGUCAAAGCAUUAUCAGGAAUCGGACAUUUUGGAAUCACCUUCCGUUUACUGCAGAAGUACGCUGGUGGAUAAAAUAAGUGACUAUGAGGACAUUUGGUCACAGGACGCUACCAAAAGCGAUCGCCGGUCACUGCUGGGCCAGCGCCAUGGGAUAUUUGGGCACGAGGACUUAACUCUCAAAGGACUCGUUUCACCAUCAAUAGAGUCGAUGAGUUACAGACAGGGCAAGCUCACCUCUUACCGUGGCCCGGCCGCACACGGUGCGCACACGUACUCCGUGGACAAUCUUGCCGUGGGCAUGGGCGGGCACGAUUCGGCAAGCGAUCGGGCCAGCACCCCGACCGAUCGGCCCGGUGCCCGUCCACCGGUUGCGCUGAAAACGUUUUCCCCAAUACCGAAGGAUGACGGCCGGUUCGGUCGGUCGGUGCUGACCGAUGUGCGGCAACGUUCGUGCAUGAACAUUUCUCACACCACGCCCGUGGGCACACCGGUAACGCUGGAGGAUGCGUUGGGUGGUGCGGGCCAGGAGCAAAAGCAAACCAGCCCGUUCUAUGCCGAUCCAGCCGACAUUCUGAGCACCAUCAUCCGGCGCAGUCCGCUGAAUCGUUUGGCUUCGUCCAACAGUAGCCAGCGCCACUCGGAACCACCAAAGCAGCUGUUUGGCAAUGACGAUGCGUUACCUUCGGCGGGCCAUCCAUGGGGCAACGGGAACGGAUACAAUGUGAAUAACAACUUUGCCGCCUCUCUGGACGAGCUGGCGCUGGAGAAAAACGACUCAAUGCUGUCGGGCGUGCGCAUGCAUGCGCUGAGCAUCGCGGGCGGCAGCAGCGGACAAGGGACGAACGAUUACGAUUCCGACAUCCGGUGGAAAACACCCACCGCGUCGCUGAAAACCAUUGAGCCGGCCGCGAAAUCGCUGCAAAAAAGUACCGACAGUCUCAUGGGCAUGGGCCGACCGGUCACGAUACACCAGAUAAUCGCCAAGAAGCUUCCUGCCCUGAAGCUAUCGGAAAGAUUGCUGGAAGGUAUGCUAGCGAACGAUAGCGGCAUCGGUGCGAACGGUGAGUCAGGGUUCGGCAUCCUAGGACACCGAGGGCAACGGAAGUCGGCGUACGAUAAUGUCGAGAAGCAGGCUAAUGCCUAUGCGUCAUCUGCAAUCAAUAGUGCGCACUCGGACGAUGGGACCGUCUUUUCGGAACCGUGGGACAGCUCCCAGUGGGACUCAUUCCUUCCCAACGAACGUAAGUGGUGUUUGGUUUCGGUGCGUGGCAGUGCGAUCCUAGCUGUAACUGUUACUGUGUUCGCAGAAUCUUCGAUGGAAGCGCCGGGCAAUAGUAGCUACGACCACUGCGGCUCGACGGCCAAAGACACUCGCUACCGAAAGGACGGGCAGCAGCACCAGUUACCACAGUCGCAGCAAAAAGUAGCUACAAUAUUACGAUCGCGUAGCUGCCGAGAUCGGGAAAUUUUAUGUCAUCCACGCAACAGAUCGUCCCACAGUGGUCCGGGCGAAUCGAUUGCCACGUACGCCUUCUACCUAGCGAACAAGCCGGACUCAACGUUCUCGCGCAACAUAAGCAACUUUAUCGCCUGCACCAAGGAAUCGAAAGCGGCCCCCCAUCCGCAGGUGGUGAUGCGCAACAUGCGCCAGUUCAUGUCCGGCAUGAAGAACUACCUGGUGAAGCACGGCGAGGGCGACUUCGCGGGCGAGGUGCAGAAAGCGCGGGCCCAGCUAAAGCCGGACGAGUUCCUUAACCUGGACUCGAUACUGGAGGAGGUGAUGCACCGGCUGGUGAUACUGCCGCUGCGCGAGCAUCUGUACAGUUUGUUCGUGGAUUACUACAGCCAGUCGGGCGAUAUACAGCUGAUUGUGGAGAAGGUGCGCUCUACGGCGGGCCGCGGUCCGCUUGCUUUCGGGAUCAAGGGCAAUGUGAUACCGCCGAGUCCGACAGCGAUGCGACAAAUUGCCACGCUCUUUGUGCGCCUGCAGGAGGCGGAGCUGCCCCUGGCCAAGCUGGACCUGCUGCUUGCCGCAGUGUCGACCAUCUUCGAAGCGACGACGUGCUGCAACGGGCAGCAGCUAAGCGCGGACGACUUUCUGCCGGUGCUGGUGAUGGUCGUGGCACACUGUGGCUUCAUCGGUGCUGAAAUUGAGGCCGAGUACAUGUGGGGUCUGCUGCAGCCGUCGCUGCUGAGCGGCGAGGCUGGCUACUACUUAACGGCCCUGUGCAGUGCGGUCCACGUGCUUAAGAACUUUAGCCUCAGCGAGCAGGAAGGAACAUCGACAUUAGAUUGGGAUUCCUCUACGAUGCCAAACUGCUCCUCGGUGCUACGCGUAAUCAUUCCGGAUGAGUACAACGGUUCCAUCCAGACGCGAACGCUACCAAUCAGACCGCAUACAACGACGAAGGAAGUCUGUCGGAUAAUUGCUCACAAGGCGAGGAUAACGAAUGCCCAAGAUUAUGGACUAUUUAAGCUGAUCGACGGUGAAGAAACUCUUCUACAUGACACCGAAUGUCCGCAGGAUGUCCGGAUGACGGCGAAAGGGAAACACUUUAUGAUAGCAUACAAACGGAUCGACGCCAAGAUAGCGUGGCCUACCGUGAUGCCAAAUAAUGCUGCUAGCAACAACAACACUAUGACCGCUAGCGCUACUAAUAACGCUGCUAACAAUGCUAUCAAUACUUCCACUACCACUACUACUACUACUACUACUAUUACUGCGAGUGAUAAUCAUCUAAAAGUAUAAGCAAACAAUGAAUUAAGCUUCCAUCGUUAAACAAUUAAGUCUGAUAUACUCUUUGGUCGUAAGGUUGUACUAUUUUUGCCGUGGUGUAACAAGCCCCACUUGUCCCCUCUUUUAAUCGCUCACCUCAUUUCUGUUCAAGUAGCAGUCCGCGGGAUGCGAUGGGCGGGCGCUGCUAGACAGCAGUUGUAAUUGUAUUAACGCAAAUAGUAUACACCAUAUAAUCAUAUACAAACCAUCAUAUAUAUAUACAAGCGUUAUAUAAAGGCAGUGACGGGCAACGGCGUGGUGUAGCGCGUGGCCGUCAACGCUUCUUGCCCUAGGGAAACCUCACUAUCGAUUCUCGUACACACAUGCAAUGCAAUUCUACUCUGAAUGAGUUUAGAUUUUAAUUCACCAAUUAACGCAUAUAAUCCCCCUUUAAUCUGUAGCAUUUUCUUCUUAUCUGUAGGCGAAAGAAGUGAAGAUAAUUUUAACCCACUAAUGGCUAGAACAAAGAGAAAUCGUGAGAGAGGGUUAGCGUGGACGCACUCCGCGGACACUAGGGUCCGGUAAGCUGAAGCAUACCUUCCUGAGCUGUAGAUUGUUGUUUUAGAGGACCGAAAAGAGCGUAGUAGUAGUAGUAGUAGUAGUAGAAGCGAAAGAUCCGUGAAGUUAGGACUUAUAAUGCCAUUCUCUGUGAUGAAGUGCGUAAAACAGAAGCAUGCCUCGUGCUCACCAUCGAACCCCCCGCCCGUGUCCCGGUUUGCAACCAAAACCUCCGCCUCUCACGAUCGUGUCUGUGUAAGAACAGUUGUUUUAAGCGUUUUUUUUAAAUUGAUUUGUUAACAAUGUUUUUUUUUACAAGCAAAAAAAGAAAGGGUCACCAACGAUGGAGCGUAUGGAGCUUUUAAUUGUACCAUUUAUAUCUCUCUUACCUCUCGUGUGCACUGUGCGUGUCGUUAACUCCUCCAUACUGUACUCCAUUUCCGGCCCGUCAUCAAAUGACAACGUGUGUUUGGCCCGUCAGAGUUUUUGUAGAACAGGUUUGUCCUUAGUUUCAGUCAACAAAAUUGAUAAACAGUCCCAAACAAAGUGGGUAUAGGGACUAGGUGGGCUUAUAGGUUUGGCGGGAAGGCCAUAUUGGACGAACGAAUGACGGGAGGGGAUUCGAUUGUGAUACGUAGUUUUUCACCCAUACUACGACACAUCAAUUAAAACAGCCAUUGGAAUUCACACGCAUACAUCAACAAAUGAUCGAAUCCCCUCCUGUCAUUUCGUUUUCAUUUUUCUACAGCACGGCUGUCAAAUUGUUCGGGAUAAGCCCACCUGUAUAAUAAACCCACUUUGGUCCCAAAUGUGAGCACAUCGAAUGGCGGAUAGUGGUCUCGCUACCAGGAGCUUCCAUCUGCUAAAGGACUAGUCAGGUCAAAGGUCACAAGUAGUUUUGUUGUUGUUGUCCCUCCUGUUGCGUUGUGCAUCGGUGUUUGUGUUUGCAGUUAAUGCAUCUGAGAAGGCACGCUUUUCGUGAUAUCGUUUUACGAGACAAUAGAAAUCUAACUUAUCUUUCAUGCCCCCUUUUUCCCUCAUCUAUAUCUGCCUUUCUUUUUCACGCGCUUGUGCGGUUUAGGCCCCAUUUGCUCCCGGACUGGGCUGUGCUGGGUUGAAUUGCUUUCGCGAUCGCAAACGACAAUGAAUUAAGAGUGAAAACAUGUUUAUCUACACUUUAGACGUUUCUUGCUACUACUGCAUCUAAUGUUACUACUGUAAAGCAAUUAAGUAAUUACUAAUCUCAUUAUUCUUGUUCCCCCACUGGGAUGGUGGGGUGGUCGGAUGCGAGGGAGGGUAGUUUCUUCCCCUCAAUCCCCCCCUGCUUGGGUGCCCAGGACUUUGUAUCGAGUUUUUGAGUGUGUGUGUGUGUGUGCGUGUGUGACAGUUUUUUUCUUCUUGCGUGUGUUUGAAUGUGUGUGCGUGUGAUUGUUUGUGUGUGUUUGUUCACCUUUUUAAUGAAAACACAUACACACUUACCCCCUUAAACCAACCAAUCAACUAUAUGUAUAUUUAACAUAAACUACAACAAAAAAAACUCUUUUUUCUUCCUCAACUAUUUGCCAAAACAAGAAACCCCCUCUUUAUCUAAGAAAACAAAAAAACUAAUAACUUUACCUUAAUUGCUCAUAAUGCUCGUGAUUCGAUGAAAAGUGUGAAAAGUGCAGAAAAGAAAAGGAACAAAAAGGAAAACUGGUUACAGAGAAUACAAAAUGAAGGAAUGAAAGUGAAAUAGUAAAACAACACCACACAAACCAGGCACUGUCGAAACGAAUUGCUCACCAAAAAAAAAAAAACAAAAAAAGGAUAACCAAAAAGGAAAAAGAAAGUGAAACACAAUAGACAUGUUCUUAUCAUACAUAAUGCAUUUACAAAGCGCGUGAAACAAAGCAAGCCAUCAAACAUGCAGUACUAGUUGCAGAGUGGAAAUGGAUUUCGAAACAAGAGAUACAAACGUAGUAGGCCAGGGUGCAGUUAGAAAGGUAGGAAAGCAGUUGUGGUUGUGUUUGUUGGGUGGGAGGGGGUUGGAAGCUCAGGAAUAUGAAUGAUAACUCUUAUACUCUAUUUUUGAUAUCUAUCUAUCUUUUCCUCCCAAAAACGAUCCGUCGAUCGUCCCCCAAUCCCCUAAUAGUAGUGAGAGUGCAAUGGGCAAAAGAACAGAGAACAGAGCAGAAGAAAACAAGAAAUCACAAGCGCACUUUAACAAAGCAACCAGUAAACAGUAUUAAAUGCAGUGAAUUAAUAGCAACAGAAGCCACCUCCUCCACUCCCCCCACUUCUGCUCCCUUUGCUGAUCGUAGAGCAGCACACACACUAGAAACUGUAGAAGAGCUGUGUGUGAUGUAGUGCGUGAGUGCAGAAGCGUAGAUGCAAUGAAGUCCUACUAACCAUUUCUGCAAUCAUUCGAUUCGUAGGCAAAAACACACACAAAAAAACGAUAGAAACUGCUGCCACACUAACUAAACAAUGCAAAAAAAACUAACAGAACGUAACGGAAAGCGCAUUAAUUGUGAAAGUGGAAAACAAAAUACUGAAUGGAAAUGAUGCGAAAGGAACAUUUAAGGCCGAACUCAUGCUCGGCACACCGGCGCUACGGAAAAUAUCUUGCCAAAAUAGGUAUAGGAAGUUUUUUGGAAACAUCUAUUUUUACACCACAAGCGUAUUUAUUGCAGAUAACUAUAAAAUAAACUCUCUCUAUAUAUACAUACAUA